ACACACACUUACACAUACACACACACACACACACACGUAUACACGUGCGGAAGCUGUGGUAAGUGCAUCCUCCUUCAGUCGCAGAUCUGAAAAUAGAUCAUCAUGGUGGCACCAAAGAGUUACACACAAGACUGGGCUCCUGGGCCUUUCUCCAGUAAGCCACAGAGGAUUCAGCUGCAAAUAUUCUCUUCUGUUCUAUGGACCUCUCUCCUCUUCCUGCUCAUGGGACUAAGAGCCUCUGGAAAGGACUCAGCCCCAACAAUGGUGUCAGGGAUCCUAGGGGGUUCUGUGACUCUCCCCCUAAACAUCUCAGUAGACACAGCGAUUGAGCAUGUCAUCUGGAUUGGUCCCAAAAAGGCUCUUGCUUUUGCACGUCCCAAAGAAAAUGUAACCUUUAUGGCCAAAAGCUACCAGGGCCAACUAAACAUCGCCAGGGGGAGUUACUCCCUGUCCAUCAGCAAUCUGACUCUGAAUGAUGCAGGAUCCUACAAAGCCCAGAUAAACCAAAGGAAUUUUGAAGUCACCACUGAGGAGGAAUUCACCCUGUUCAUCUAUUAACAGCUGCAGGAGCCCGAAGUCACCAUGAAGUCUGUGAAGGCGUCUGAGAACUUCUCCUGUAACAUCACUCUAAUGUGCUCCGUGAAGGGAGCAGAGAAAAGUGUUCUGUACAGCUGGACCCCAAGGGACCCCCAUGCUUCUGAGUCCAAUGGAGGCUCCAUUCUUACCAUCUCCCGAAUGCCCUGUGAGCCAGACCUGCCAUACACCUGCAUAGCCCAGAACCUCGUCAGCCAGACCAGCUCCCACCCUGUCCAUGUUGGGCAGUUCUGUACAGAUCCAGGAGCCUCCAGAGGAGGAAAAACAGGGGAGACUGUGGUAGGGGUCCUGGGAGAGCCAGUCACCCUGCCACUGGCACUCCCAGCCUGCCGGCACACAGAGAAGGUUGUCUGGUUGUUUAACACAUCCGUCAUCAGCAAAGAGAGGGAUGAAGCAGCAACGGCAGAUCCACUCAUUAAAUCCAGGGAUCCUUACAAGAACAGGGUGUGGGUCUCCAGUCAGGACUGCUCCCUGAAGAUCAGUCAGCUGAAGAUAGAGGACGCCAGCCCCUACCGUGCCUAUGUGUGCUCAGAGGCCUCCAGAGUCACCAGCAUGACACAUGUCACCCUGCUCAUCUACCGGAGGCUGGUGAAGCCCAAAAUCACGUGGCGCCUCCGGCACAGCAAGGAUGGCAUCUGCAGGGUCAGCCUGACCUGCUCCGUGAAGGAUGGGGGAAACGCCGUCAUGUACACAUGGACCCCACUGCAGAAGGGAGCUGUUGUGUCCCAAGGGGAAUCACACCUCAACGUCUCAUGGAGAAGUGGUGAAAAUCACCCCAACCUCACAUGCACAGCCAGCAACCCUGUCAGCAACAGUUCCCACCAGUUUCUUUCUGAGAACAUCUGUCCAGGUUUCUCUCCAUCUCUAUUUACUCAGGCCACGGGGCCUCGGGGCCUCAGAUCCAAGAGUUUGCAUCCUGACUGAUUCUUUAUGAAGUGCAGUGGGAGGCUGUGGGUGAGAGCUCUUUAGAGUGGCAUACUUCCACAGAUAUGUGAGAGCCAAGCAUGUGUUCCGGAACCCACAGCUGGCCACAUGCUAUACUCUGUGCUCUCUCAAGAGUAUGAGAAGCUGGACACUCCCCUCAGGCCUGCCAGGCAACGGCCUAGGCCCGCCUCAGACAGCAGCUCUGACAGCAACAUCACAACUGAGGAGGAUGCGGACAGGCCCGAGGUGCACAAGCCCAUCAAUGGAAGAGACGAGGUGUAUGACCAGGUCACUCAGGAGGGUGCUGGACAUGACCCAGCCCCUAAGGGCCAAGCAGACUAUGAUCCCAUCACUCCAUAUGUCACAGAAGUUGAGUCUGUGGUUGGAGAGAACACCAUGUAUGCACAAGUGUUCUUCAACUUACAGGGAAAGACCCCAGUUUCUCAGAUAGAAGAGAGCUCGGCCACAAUCUUCUGCUCCAUACAGAAACCUCAGACGGUCGUGCCGCCACCACAACAGAAUGAUCUUGAGAUUCCUGAAAGUCCUACCUAUGAAAAUUUCACCUGAAAGGAAAAGCAGCUGCUGCCUGUCUCCCGGGACCGUGGGGUUGGAGAGUCAGCUGGACCUCAUGGGGCCUGGGGCUCACGGACAGAAGCACCUCAGUGCCUCAGAGAUGCCUGGGUGUGGCUCCUCCCCAUCCUUCUCACACUCAAGGCCUCCCAAGCCCAUUAAUAGUUCAGACACAGGCUCCUUCUUGGAGCCUAUGGGCUUCAGAUGUCUUUGCCCCAUUUGUCACCUCCCACACUCAUAGCGUUUCCUUCUCGAAAUUCUACCACGACUGGUCAAAUGUUGCUGAGGGACCUGGACCAGCUGACCUUUACACCACCUUCUCAACACUGCUGAAAUGAACCCAAGAGAAUUGUCACACAUGACACAAGAUGUACGUAAAAUCAUGCUCACUGCAGUGUUAUUUAAAAUAAAAGGCAGGAAAUAA